GUGUGCGCGUGCUCUGUAAUAUCGCUCCUCUUAGCUCGUGCGUUGAAUCCCUGCGCGUGACUGAUUGAAUUAGAAUACAUUAACCGUGAAGAAGAAACCCACCUGAAUAUGUUUAUAACCGCUUAGAGUUACAUUCACCUUUUUCUAUAAGCUUUCCUAAAAUGAUAUUUAUACAUGAUGUUAAACGUGGAAUCAACACUAAUCUACUAUAUAAAUCUUGUUUAAAAAGGUAAACAAGUCGCUAGUUAUCGGCUUAGCUGCGUGAAAUGAAACAAUGGUGACGUCCGAUUGAACAGUCGGUAAUAGUGUUCUUCCUAUCUAGUGCGCAUAAGCUAGUGCACGAGUGUGCAGGAAGGGACGAGCCAAUCGGAACACGGCCACAGUGAAUUAUUAGGAGUCUCCAGAGCGGUGACGUAAGAGGCAGAGACGUCGUCGUCAUGGCGUCGACGGCGCUGCUGAGACCGGAGCUGUGUUUUUAGUUCGAAAACGGGGCUGCGCUCGACGAGCUGUCGAGAUGGAGAGAAAUGUGAGCCUGCACGGAGACGCCGCGGCAGGAGAAACGGGAGGAAACAGCGCGAACGCAGAGCUGUCGGUCAGCAGUUUGGGUCCGAGUUGCACAACAAGCGCCACUACUACUACCACUACUACUACUACUACUCCAAGUGCUAAUGCUAAUGCUAGCGCUAACGCCGCGUCUCGCGCAGACAGAGCGGAUGUUUGUGAAAUGAUGGAGGCAGGCGGAAAGCUCGUGCAGUCUGGAGAAGAACCGGGGAACGGGCUGGGUCACGCUGCGUGUGAAUCCGCUGCCGGAAAUAAUGACGCUCCAAACUCGAAGUUAGUAAACAAGCCGAGCAGAGAGGAGCCCUCUGUAGGGACUGCAAGUGGGCGAGCGGAUGUUCCAGAGCAGGAGGUCCAGGAGGCGAGCAGUGUGUGUGCUGACAGCAGUGCUGCCAAGGCCAAGUCCGAGUCUCAUGAAGGCACCCUGUCUCAGGGGCUGCCCAGCCUGGACUCCCUGGAGUCCUUCUCUAAUCUGAACUCCUCCUGUCCCAGCUCUGAGCCUGUCAGUGAAGGUUUGGAGGAUCAGGAGAAGGGACUGGCGGUGGUCCCUCAGGGCCAACUUGGGGCAGAAGGGGGCAAAGCUCAGAGCUGCAGGGAGCGAGGCGGUGCAGGUCAGUCCAUCUACCACAUCAAGUGGAUCAGGUGGAAGGAGGAGAACACGCCUAUCAUCACCCAGAAUGAGAAUGGCCCAUGCCCUCUGCUGGCUAUUAUGAAUGUUCUUCUUUUGGCCUGGAAGGUCAAGUUGCCACCAAUGAUGGAGAUCAUAACAGCAGAGCAGCUGAUGGAGUAUCUGGGAGACUACAUCCUUGAUGCUAAACCAAAAGAGAUCUCUGAGGUUCAGCGUUUGAACUACGAGCAGAACAUGAGCGAUGCCAUGGCGGUCCUCCACAAGCUACAGACGGGUUUGGAUGUGAACGUGAAGUUUACAGGCGUCAGGGUGUUCGAAUACACCCCUGAGUGCAUCGUCUUCGACCUGCUUGACAUCCCACUAUACCAUGGCUGGCUGGUUGAGCCCCAGAUGAGUGAUAUAGUGAAGGCGGUGGGGAACUGCAGUUAUAACCAGCUGGUUGAGAAGAUCAUCAGUUAUAAGCAGUCGGAGAACAGCGAGCUGGCUGGAGAAGGCUUCGUGGCGGAGCAGUUCCUUCACAGUACGGCCACGCAGCUGACCUACCACGGCCUGUGUGAGCUCACAUCCACCGUGCAGGAGGGGGAACUAUGCGUGUUCUUCAGGAACAACCACUUCAGUACCAUGACCAAAUUCAAGGGCCAGCUGUAUCUGCUAGUGACAGAUCAGGGCUUUCUGACUGAGGAGAAGGUGGUGUGGGAGAGUCUACAUAACGUGGACGGAGACGGAAACUUCUGUGAUUCAGAGUUCCGUCUGAGACCCUCCGACCCCGAGAGCGUCUACCACGGCCAGCAGGACCAGAUCGACCAGGACUACCUGAUGGCGCUGUCGCUGCAGCAGGAGCAGCAGGUGUCAGAUCUGGGCUGGGAGCAGCUCCCUGAGGGUAUCAGUGAUCUGGAGCUAGCGAAGAAGCUGCAGGAGGAGGAAGAUCGCAGGGCAUCUGAGUUCUAUCAGGAGCAGGAGGAGGAGCAGGAGCAGGCUGCCGUAGCCGCACAGGCCCAGGCUCAGGCAGCAGGAGGCGCUGUGGCUGAAGGAGCGGUCGCAGCCCCGGCAGGAGGAGCAGCAGCGUGUCCGAGUCCAGGAAAGCACAGUUCCAGCACGGAGCGCAAAGCCAAGAAAGAGGCCAAGGAGAAGGAGAAGUGUGUGAUCCUGUAACAGCGCUGCAGCCUGCUCAUGGUCUGACUGAAACGCAGAAGGCUCGUCGUUACACACUGACUCAGAGCUGCACAAGGAGUGAGAGAGCGUGACGGAGGAGAGGAUCCGCUGUUCCUAAGCCACUGGUGCCUGAUGCUGUUUGCUCUCUGAGCUCUGAACACACAGCAGAGCUGAUCAGGGGGACAAACUCGCACUGCGUCUCUGAUUGAGCUCGCCCGACCUUCCUACAGCCGCACGGUGCACUGCGCUUGUGUGGAGUGACCUCACGCUUCAGGAUGGUGGAUUUUAUAGCAAAAUGCACCAGAGGGAGAAAUAACGGCACCGUUUUCUUUUUUCUUUUUCUUGAUUUCCAUUAUUGCAAUUGUUUAUAAAAUGUUUUAUAAGCUGUUUUAUAGCCGAUAUAUAUAUAUAUAUACGCACUUCUUAUACGCAGAGAUGCAGUUUCACAGGCAGGAUCUUUACACUGGGACAGAGAGGACGCAGCAGUAGCAGGACUACAUAUCACACUGUAACAGUGUUACACGACGUGCCGUUCAGCUUCUGGGCUUCUGAGGAUCACGCCAAACUCGUUCUUCACUUGAAACCGUUGCUAUUAUGCACUAAAGUCUCGGGUUCUAGAUCAGUUUGGGUUAGGGGUGGGCGAUAUGGCAAAAAUAUCAUCACAAUAAUUAAUCUAUCACAAUAAUUUGUUUUAACAAAGUGCCAGUAAAUCUGUAGUGCCACAUUUAAAGAUCGAUGAAGACCUCAGUUUUUAUUUAACAAUGAAUCAGCUGGUACAAAAGCAGAUUUUAUCACCACAGCUUGUUAUUAAGACAUAUUGGAGUUUGUAACAAGGAACAAUAAGGUGACUUGUUAAUAAGAGGCCCUAUAAUAGGUCUAAACCUCUUUUAUGAAACAUGCAGAUGGUCAGCGCUCUGGUGGUAUUUUCAGAAAACAAACCUGGUCAUAUCGCCCACCCUACAACCAGUUUGCCAUUGGGGUUUUUAUCCUCCUCCGUAUUGCGUCUCGCUUAGAACUAAUGUCUCCUGCAGCCACGAUUUAACGUUUAAGACGUACGUAUCAUGAUGUAGAAUCUCUCCUCGCUCCCUCUGUGUGUUUUAGGCCAUGCGAGAUUGUUAGAAUGCAGGGUGUACAUGCAGGUGUUAGUUUUGCCGACCCCAUCAUACUCCAGUGCUCAGCAGCAGCCCUGACCUUCCCUGAACAUUACAGCGCACUACAUUUCACUAGACACGUUUCUGUCCCUCUGAGUUGCCACUUUAAUAUGCUGCCACUUUCUGAGCGCCUGCCUCAGUGCUGUUUUGGAUUGUAACGGAUAACUUUAUACGAUUUAAGCAUUGUGUUAUUUUCUCUAUUGAUCGUGCCACGGCUUCUGCUGUUUUAUGUUCACACUAAUUGUGAUAGCACUGUGUGUAAAUAUAUGUGCACCACUACAUCAUAGCUGCGCAGUGUAACUCAGCACAUUAUCCGUGUUACUGCCUUCUCCUGACAAACUUUUACUCUCGAUACAUUCCAGCAGGAUGUUUUCACUCACAUUGAGGUACACACACACGCGCACACACACACACACACAGGGAUGCUCAGAUGAAGGACUGUUUUUAAUGCACCUCUGUUGACGUCCUCUCUCUGUUUCACCUUGAAAUGAUGACUUAAGGAGAUCUUACACAGAACGCAAUCCGACUGGACGUAAUUUCCAUUUCAAACUGUUGAGUGAAAACAUUUACUUUAAAAAUCGUGUUUUAUGUGCCGAACUAGCUCAAUCUGUGUCCCGUGCAUGUUCUGAUGUUGCUGAGUGACCGGUGUCCCUGAGCAAGAACAAGAACAGAGCUAGUUAGAUUCAGUCAGUGAAUUUUGAACUUCAUCUUAUGAUAUCAUAUCAUUAGUGUUAGGUGUCUUGCUAGUGAACUUGGCCACCAGUACUUUUGUGUGAAGUUACUAAAGAACUGGAUAACACAAUUCAUAAGGAAAUGGCAUUUCCAAGUCAUGAGUGGGGGUCGAUGGAGGUGUUUUAAGAACAAUAUUUUCAGAUGUAUUGCUGUAUAAUCACCUGAAUGUGUUAGAAGUACAGUAAAUAAACUUCAGUUUAUUGAGCGUUAGGACAACCAGGGAAAAAAUCCAUUGACAUUGGCUUAUUUGAACAAAAUAUUUUGAUAUUUUGAGAAGCGUAGGUUUUGUCCCUGGCAAGCAUCCUACACAGUUCGCUUGUCUGAGGUGUGUGUGUGUCCCAGGUCUGGACCUACAUGGGGUAGUGAGUGAGACGCUUUUGUCUUAUACAAGCCCUUAGUGGCCAAACUCUCUGUACAUAAACACAGCUUUCAGCAUUUACAGAAACUUUUAUACAACACACACACAGUAGUAGGUGUGAAAGGAGACUGAGACAAUCUGUAGACUUUUCCAUAAACAGAUAACCACUCAGGCCUUCAGCGAUGGAACACAUCCUUGAGUGUCUUGCCAUGCUAAAGGAGAAUUAGGUAACUGUGGUCAAAUACAGGGUUAGAAUUUGGGUUUUUACACAGAAUGGGGUAUGGGUGGGGGGUGUAGUGAUCACAAGCAGCAUUAAGAGUCGUUGACAUGAAGUGGGUCAGCUGCAGAGCACCAGGCCAUCUGUUAUUUCCACACUCACACUUUACAUCACUGAACACAGCGUCUGUACGUAAGCGGAGCUCAGCAGUGUGCUUCACAUCGUUCAUUAACCUUUAGCCCGGAAGCACAACAGUAAAGCUGACCACAUUUAAGAGACAGAAAGGCUUUCGGCCGCGUUUUCCCGGAGGCUGAUUAUACACUAUAGAAAAGAAAACUGAAAAAUGCUACAUUAAUCUGUAUUACAGUUAUGUAACAAAACAAAACCAAGUUUCCUUUCAACACUAAAUACGAAGCAAAACAAAGCUUUCAACAAUAGAGCUGGGCAAUAAUUAUUUUAGCAAAAAUGUCUGAGUUGCAAUUAUGACAAUAAUUAAGAAUUUGCUUAUGAACUCUCUUAUCCAUGUCUGUAUUCAUAUCAGAUAAUUGUGCUUCAGUAAGCAGGAAAUGGUAUCACUAGAGCAGACUGUUUUUUAACUGGGAAUCACAAUCAUUUCUACCCCCAGGCUUUCUAGGAUUGGUUGCGCAACAGAAUUUGCUGAAUUACACUGAUAAACAAUGGAAACAUCAGUACAGAUGAAAACUCUCACCAAGCUCUAAUCAACAGUGUCAUUAUGGACACUAAGAUUUUGCCCUUGAUUAAUAGAUGCUGUUUCAUGCACCGGGGCCUAAUUUAAAAAACAAUAUGAUUAACAUCAGAUUUUCAGGUUAAACUGAUUGUGACUAUUUUUCUGUUGUAACUUGUGCUGAAAGCUUCACUGCUAUUAAUACUGAUGGUUUAAUUGUGUUGUGGGACUUUUUUUUUUUUAAACCUUUUUUGCCAUUGUAAUUGGUUCUGCACUGUUAUAUCAAUUGAAUGCACUAAUAAGGAGCAAAAUACCUCAUUUUCUACAGAAUCAGAUGCCAGAGUUAGUGUAAGCACCCUGAAAAGCUGAAUCAUGCUAAUAAACAGGAUGUUACCAUUAGAAACAUUUACAGGGCUAGAAAACAUAUAAAGCUGUUUGAUGGAAAAAAGCUGAGGCUUCUUCCUUUAAAAAAAAAAAAAAAAAAAAAUACACUUCUGUCAACAACUCAGCUUUUAUCAUUUCAGACUAAAGGGGCAGUAAGGCAACAUACUCACAUAAUGUUCAGCUGCACUGAACUUUUGUUCAUGCAUCUUAAACCACUGUCAAGUCUGUGUGAUGUUACUAAUGAACUGCAUGUGGUUCGAGGCAGAUAUUUGCAGGAAAGAUUUUAGGUGAGACAAACUUCCAUUACUUGUUACAGAAUGGCUUUAAAAGGUCAGAUACUAAAUGUCUUCAUGAUCAACCACAACUCUAAAUUUAAUUUGUCACUAAACUAUUCUUUUAAGGCACAGGUUCCAUACCCUGGUCCUGGAGAACCCCCUGCCGUGCACAUUUCAGUGUUUCCCUGCUGUAACACACCCACUUCAACUUUGCUGUUAAUAAGCUGAUUAAUUGAAUCAGGUGUGUUAGAGCAGGGAAAACUCUACAACAUGCAGGACAACAGGAGCAGGAGCAGGAACCUGUGAUUUAAGGCUAUGCUUAAUACACACUGAGGUUACAUUGGGGUGAGUUUGUAAACAAAAAUCCUGUGCCUGCUUUGCCAAAACCACCUAUAUGACACUCCUCAUAGAGGAAGCUUGGUUUAUUUAGCACGUAUGUAUGCCGUCUACUACAAAUGGAUCAAAUCGGCUCUUGCAACAACCUCUGUGCAUCUCUCUUGACAUCACAAUUUAAUGGAUUGGUCAAUACAAGCAAAAUUUCACCUUGCAUGUUUAGAGCUAACAGCAUCACUGAGUCAGUGAUCCAGUUAAUACAGUUUCUAUUUGUACUUCCUUUCUAUAUCUAUUUACACAAAAUCUUUACAGUUACAUAAAGGCUGGAUAUUAAAAGGUCAAAUGUUCCUUUGCGUUAAAAUGGGUUAAUUGUUUAUGUAUAUAUGACCAAAACGUGUAAGUUAGCCCAACAUUGUGUGUGAAACUAGACGGACAUUAUCUGUAAUACAAGCCUUAGACGAAGGAGAAAAACUUCUGAUUAAAGAAAUAUGCGCAGCGA